AUGAGAAAUCAAGGUAAAAGGAUUUUAAUUGUUGGAGUCUACGUGGAUGAUUUAAUCAUCACUGGAGAGUGUAUUCAAGAUAUAGACAAGUUCAAAUCACAGAUGAAGAAAUUGUUUAGCACGAGUGACCUUGGGUUACUAAGCUACUAUUUGGGAAUUGAAGUAUUUCAAAAUUCUCAAAGGAUUACACUUAAUCAGUCGGCAUAUGCAAGAAAGAUUUUAGACAAAUGUGGCAUGAAAGAUUGUAACCCUUCACAAGUUCCGAUGGAACCUCGUCUAAAACUGAGUAAGGAAAGCACAAGUCCACCUGUAGAAACAACUUUGUACCGAAGUAUUGUUGGCAGUUUAAGAUAUCUACUGCACACACGCCCAGAUUUGGCAUUUUCUGUUGGCAUGGUGAGUAGAUACAUGGAAAGGCCCACAACGGAGCACAUGGCCGCAGUGAAGCACAUAUUACGGUACGUGAAAGGAACUUUAAACCUUGGUUGUGUUUAUGAGAAGAAGAAAGGAAGAUUGGAACUGACCGGUUAUUCAGAUAGUGAUCUAGCCGGUGAUACUAAUGAUACGAAAAGUACCUUAGGUUUAAUAUUUUUUCUUGGGUCAAGUUCUAUUAGUUGGUGUUCACAAAAACAGAAACUGGUUGCGUUAUCUUCCUGUGAAGCAGAGUACAUCGCUGCAUGUGCAGCAGCGUGUCAAGGAGUGUGGCUGGGACGACUAUUGACAGAUUUGUUAAAAACUGAAGUUAAGAAAGUAGUUCUGAAGAUUGAUAAUCAGUCCGCAAUUACAUUAAGCAAGAAUUCAGUUUACCAUGAGAGGAGCAAACAUAUUGAUACCCGAUUUCACUACAUUAGAGAUUGUGUUGAAUCUAGAAUGAUUGAAAUUCAACAUGUUUGCACAGAAGAUCAACGUGCUGAUAUUCUGACAAAGUCACUUGCAAGAUUGAAGUUCUUGGAGAUGAGAGAAAAAAUUGGUGUGCGAAUCGUCAGUGAAGGACAACAAGCUUAA